AGUACUAGCUAGCUUGAGUACCAUAAACCACCAAAACCAAUUAAUCUCUUCUCAUUUCUCUUUCUCUCUUAGAUACAUAGAUAUAAUAGAACUAUAUAUAUCUAUAUAUAUAUAUAUAUAUAUAUAUUAGAUAAAUUAAAUUGAUUAUAAUCGUGGUGGUGGUGAUGAGGAAGAGGCAAGUUGUGGUGAGAAGAGAAGAAGUUUCUAGAAGCAUGGGAGUGGUGAUGAGCGUGAGAUAUGGAGAGUGUCAGAAGAAUCAUGCGGCGGGUGUAGGAGGUUACGCUGUGGACGGCUGCAGAGAAUUCAUGGCCAGUGGUGUUGAAGGUACCACAGCUGCACUAACGUGCGCCGCAUGUGGUUGUCACAGGAAUUUUCAUAGAAGGGAACCUGAUCAAACCCCUUCUACUACUACUUCUCAUCAUCACCAUGAGGUAGUUUGUGAUUCUUCUUCUUCUCCUUCUUCAUCCAAUGGUCUAUGAUCUUCAUCAUUUUCAUAUGUAAUAAUAUUAAUUAAACCUAUAUAUAUAAAUAUUAUAUAUGUGUGUAAGUGUAAGUGUAUAAGUGUUGUGUUCAUGAUGAUGAUGAUGUUGAAGAUGAAGAUGAAGAGUUUUCAUUAUUAUUUUUUAUGGGGUUUUGUUUUUGAUUAUUAAUGUUCUGUUGGAAUUUCAAUUAAUUAGUGGAUUAAUUAAUUUUAUAUA